CCCAUCGCAUCUUCCAAGCACCAAUAAUCUCUUUUUGCCCAGACCGCGCACGAAACGGAAUUUCUCUGCUGAGUUCGCGCGCGCGAGGAUUUGGCGUUCCGGCGGCCGGACCUUGCUUCCCGCGAUCAGGCAGAGGAGAUGGGGAACUGCCUCGAGAGGUCUCGUCGCGGUAGCUGCCGCGGCGGUGGCGCCGCCGCGCAUUAUUCCAAGACGAGCGCCGUGUGGGUGGAGGAGGAGGUCGGCAGGAAGGAGGAGGAGGAGGAGGAGGAGGCGCGCAAGGGCGAGAGCGCUCCGGCGGCGACCACAGAAGUGAAGAUCAGGAUCACGAGGAAGCAGCUGGAGGAGCUGUUGCGGCGCGUCGAGGACGGCAAGGAAAGCGGCGACGGCGUGCCGGCCCGGGAUGUCGUCUCGGAGCUGCUGAUCGUGGCGAGCACCAGCUCCAACUUCCGGCACAGGGAGGAGGGGCAGUGGCGGCCGUCGCUGCAGAGCAUACCCGAGUGAGAUCGAAUCCAUGCUACUCGUUGCUACAUCUACGACGAUACCCCAGCAUGAUGUCUCAUUGUUGCUACUCCUAUAUUAGCUUAAUAUACUAUCAAUCUGUCAUAGUAUUGCUGUAGCAUAGUAUUCAUUGGGUGUACAUUUGUUUAGGUUUGGAUCGAUCAAUAAUACAUGAGCUCGAGAUAGGCAAUACAUAGGGAUUAAAUUUAAACUUGUGCUUAGUUGUGUGGUGUUUGUGGAUUGUGCAACUAGUAGCUAGGAGGGCCUCUUCCAUUGCUUGCUGUAUGAUUUUUUGGACACUGGGGUCGC